AUGGAGCUUUUCAAGUGUCUGUUUGUUGUUGUUGUGGUGGUUGUUGUUGUUUUGGCUGGUGAUGUUGCUGCCCAGCAUCACUGGGCACUGCCUCUGCAGAAACACCAGCCUCAUUUUCCUUCUCAGCUGCCUCAGCAACAGACGAGGGUCCCUCCACCUGCAGCUCCCUUUGACAAAUGCCAGGUGGAGGAAGGUGAAAAGAUCCGAUGCGGGACUCGAGAUAUCACCGCCGAGCAGUGUGAAAACAUAAACUGCUGUUUUGAUGGGCAGCUGUGCUACUAUGGGAAAGCAGUGACUGUGCAGUGUACCAGGGAUGGCCAGUUUGUGGUGGUUGUGGCUCGAGAUGCCACUGUGCCCCACAUAGAUGUGGAUUCAGUCAGCCUGCUCGAAACAAACAACCCCUCCUGCACCCCAGUUGACUUCACUUCUGCUUUCACCAUCUUUCAAUUCCCUGUAACUGCGUGUGGUACGACAAUCAAGGAGGAAGAGGGUUUUGUGGUGUACGAGAACCACAUGUCUUCCUCUUAUGAAGUGGGAGUCGGACCCAGAGGAUCAAUCACCCGGGACAGCCAUUUUGAGUUAUUGUUCCAGUGUCGCUACUCCGGCACAGCUGUGGAGGCUCUUGUCAUGGAGGUGAAUGCUGUUCCUCCGCCUGUGCCGGUCGCUGCUGCAGGACCUCUCCGAGUGGAGCUGAAACUGGGCAACGGACAGUGUCACUCAAAGGGAUGUGUGGAGGAGGUGGCAGCGUAUAGCUCCUUCUACACUCCAGCAGACUAUCCACUCACUAAAGUGCUGAGGGAGCCCCUCUAUGUCGAGGUGAACGUCCUGGAGAGGUCUGAUCCAAACCUCAUCCUGAACCUGGAGCACUGCUGGGCCACUUCCACCCCAAAUCCUCACAGCCUCCCACAGUGGGACCUUCUGGUUGACGGGUGUCCCUACCACGACGACCGUUACCUAACUACAGUAGUGCCCGUGGACGGCUCCUCUGGGCUUCAUUACCCGACGCACUACAAACGUUUCAUCGUUAAAAUGUUCACGUUUGUGGAUCAAAACACCUUUUCUAUUCAGAAAGACUCGGUGUUCAUCCACUGUGCUACGGCAGUGUGUUAUCCCAGCAGCACAAAUUCCUGUGCACAGACAUGCCACAGGCAACGAAGAGCUGCAGCAGCCGUGACGAAAGCGUCCUCAAGUCAGAGGGCUCUGGUCUCAAGCAGAGAGGUGAUCCUGACUGAGCAGAGGCCUCCAUCUGACCCCAGCUCCAAAGCGAAGAGAUGA